UCUUUUCUUGUCUUUGUAUAAUAAAAUCAAUGCUAAAAAAGAAAGUGACCUUCCACCAGCAGCACGCAACUUCAUCUCAAUCAUGCACACUUAUGGUUUAAUUCUCCUUUAUUUGCAGCUUCAAUGUAGUUAGCAUGCCACGCUCUUGAAAAUCUUGAAGAAGAACGAGUACGAGUUCUAGAGCAAUGUCGAGGCAGAGCAGUCAAGAUGAUGAGGACUUUUUUAGGACAAUUACUAGUAGAAUUGAUGAAGAAGGGGCUGGAGUUGCUGGUAUAGAAGUGAGGUUUGAGAACUUGAGCGUUGAGGUGGAUUGCUUUGUGGGAGAAAGAGCUCUCCCUACGCUGCCAAAUGUUGCGCGUAACAUUGCAGAGACGGCCUUGAGUUGCUUCGGGGUGAAGCUGGCUGACAGAGCAAAGCUUCACAUAUUGAAACACAAUUCUGGGAUCAUCAAGCCCUCCAGGAUGACCCUUCUAUUAGGACCGCCUUCGUGUGGGAAAACAACCCUUUUGUUGGCUCUUGCAGGCAGGCUCGGGCUCAGCCCCAGCUUGAAGGCAAGUGGUGAAAUCACCUAUAAUGGGCACAAGCUGAACGAAUUCGUCCCACAGAAGACAGCAGCGUACGUCAGCCAGAACGAUGUUCAUGUAGCCGAGAUGACUGUGGGAGAAACACUAGACUUCUCAGCCAGGUGCCAAGGGGUUGGAUCAAGAUAUGAUUUCUUCAAGGAUAUCACAAAUGCAGAUGCUGAUCUUUCUAUGAAGGCAACUGCGGUGGAGGGAUUUGGAAGCACAGACUAUGUUCUGAAGAUACUAGGACUUGAUGAGUGCCGGGACACCAUCGUGGGGGAUCAAAUGCUAAGGGGGAUCUCAGGCGGCCAGAAGAAGUGCCUCACAAUAGGGGAGAUGAUUGUUGGGCCAUCCAAGGUGAUGUUGCUGGAUGAAAUAUCGACAGGCCUAGACAGCUCGACGACGUUUCAGGUGGUGAAGUGCAUGCAGCAGAUAGCACACCUCACACAUGCCACCAUACUGAUAUCCCUCCUGCAGCCAGCUCCAGAGACAUUCAACCUCUUUGAUGACAUCAUCCUCUUGUCCGAGGGCCACACCGUCUACCAUGGCCCCACACAGCACGUUCUUGAGUUCUUCGGAGCAAAUGGCUUCAAUUGUCCCCAAAGAAAGGGAGUUGCUGAUUUCCUCCAAGAGGUGACAUCAAAGAAGGAUCAAGAACAGUAUUGGGCAGAUAAAACGAGACCAUACAGAUACAUCUCAGCUUGUGAAUUCGCAGAGAGAUUCAAACAUUUCCAUGCUGGCAUCCGCCUUCAACAAGAGCUAUAUGUCCCUUAUGACAGAAGCCAAAGUCCUAAAUCAUCUCUAGUUUAUGACAAGAACUCGGUGCCUCGAAAAGUGCUUCUUGAGGCCAACUUUGCCAAGGAAUGGCUUCUGAUAAAGAGAAACUCUUUCUUCUAUGUUUUCAAGACUGUCCAAAUUGUUGUCGUGGCAAUGAUUGCAUCAACCGUGUUCUUGAGGACCAGAUUGCAUGAUGUGAGUGAAGAGGAUGCCGUUGUCUACAUGGGGGCCCUCAUCUUUGGCAUGAUCAUCAACACGUUCAAUGGAUACGUGGAACUCUCACUCACUAUACAGAGACUUCCUGCUUUUUACAAGCAAAGGGACCUACUGUUUCAUCCAACUUGGGCCUUUGCCAUACCACAUCUUCUGUUAAGGAUACCGAUAUCCUUGUUUGAAUCUCUCGUAUGGAUGGCCACGACGUAUUACACUAUUGGAUUCGCCCCUCAACCAUCUAGAUUCUUGAAGCAACUGUUGUGGGUAUUUUGUAUCCAACAAAUGGCUGCAGGGAUGUUUAGGCUCAUCGCAGGGAUAUGCAGGACGAUAGUCAUCUCAAAAACUGGUGGCUCUCUCACUCUUCUGCUCGUGUUCCUCUUGGGUGGCUUCAUCGUCCCUCUCGAUCAUAUCCCAAUCUGGUGGAGAUGGGGUUACUGGAUUUCGCCUAUGAGUUACGGCUACAACUCCAUUGUAGUGAACGAGAUGUUUGCCACAAGAUGGAUGAACAAACUGAGCUCAGACAAUGUCACGAGAUUAGGAGUGACGGUUUUGAAACAAUUCGAUAUUUUCCCAGAAGAGAAAUGGUACUGGAUAGGCAUAGUUGCUCUCUUGGGAUUCACAAUCAUCUUCAACACAUUCUUUGUGAUGGCACUCAUGUACCUCAACUCUUUUGAGAAGUCACAAGGUACAAUAUCUCAAGAGCAGGCAACAACAGAGGGGAUAUAUCAAGAAAAAACUGAUCAGAAAGCGAAAAAACAUAGACCAAGUGAUUCAAUGGACUCAUUGAUCCAAUCAAGAUCAAACACAGAAAGAUCAAACAGAGAUGCAGAUAAGAAGGGAAUAGUUCUGCCCUUCACGCCUUUGGCCAUGUCAUUUGAAGAUGUGAAUUACUACGUGGAUAUGCCACAUGUUAUGCAAGAGAAAGGAGUAGUUGAGGGAAAAAUCCAACUACUUCAUGAACUGACUGGCUCAUUUAGGCCCGGUGUUUUGACAGCGUUGAUAGGAGUGAGUGGAGCAGGAAAAACCACGCUGAUGGAUGUUCUUGCUGGAAGAAAGACUCAUGGCUAUAUUGAAGGUGACAUUAGAAUAUCCGGAUUCCCAAAGAAGCAAGAAAUGUUUGCAAGAAUUUCGGGAUACUGUGAACAGAACGACAUCCACUCACCUCAAGUAACCAUCCACGAGUCAUUGGUAUAUUCUGCUUUCCUUAGGCUCCCUCAAGACGUUAGCAACGAUGAAAAAAUGAUCUUUGUGGAUGAAAUCAUGCAUCUAGUCGAGUUGGACAAUCUCAAGGACGCGUUGGUAGGGAUCCCUGGUGUGACUGGACUGUCGACAGAGCAAAGGAAGAGGCUCACCAUAGCAGUCGAGCUCGUGGCCAAUCCCUCCAUCAUAUUCAUGGAUGAACCAACUUCUGGUUUGGAUGCAAGAGCAGCAGCAAUUGUUAUGAGAACUCUGAGGAACACCGUGGACACUGGGAGGACCGUUGUCUGCACGAUACACCAGCCAGGGAUCGACAUAUUUGAAGCCUUUGAUGAGUUGCUUCUCAUGAAAAGAGGCGGUCGCCUCAUCUACGCAGGACCCCUCGGCCUACAAUCCAGAGACGUCAUAGAUUACUUUGAGGCGGUGCCCGGAGUUCCCAAAAUCGAGGAGCAGCGUAAUCCAGCAGCAUGGAUGCUUGAAGUGAGCUCAGAUGCAACAGAAACAAGUCUUGGUAUUGAUUUUGGAGAGUACUACAAAUCAACAUCUUUAUAUCAAAAAAACAAGGCCUUAGUCAAAGAUUUAAAAACUCCACCUCAAAAUGCAAAAGAUUUACAGUUUCCUUCACAAUAUUCUCAAUCCACAUUGAGCCAGUUCAGACUAAUUCUCUGGAAGCAAAUAUGGACUUACUGGAGAAAUCCUGACUACAAUCUUUCAAGAUUUUUCUUCACACUCGUUGCUGCAUUACUAAUUGGAUCAAUAUUUUGGGGAGUAGGAACAAAGAGGGGAAACAUCAAUGAUCUAACCACAGUUAUAGGAGCCAUGUAUGCCUCUGUGUUGUUCCUUGGAAUAAACAACUGUGCAACGGUGCAGCCAGCAGUGGCCAUCGAGAGAAAUGUUUUUUACAGAGAAAGAGCUGCAGGGAUGUACUCUGUCUUACCUUAUGCAAUGGCACAGGUGAUCACUGAGAUACCUUAUGUGUUUGUGCAAACCACAUACUACACAUUGAUAGUAUACGCCAUGGUGAGAUUCGAGUGGAAACCUAUCAAGUUCUUCUGGUUCUUCUUCGUCAACUUCUUCUCAUUUCUCUACUUCACAUACUAUGGAAUGAUGACCGUCUCUGCCACUCCCAACCUGCAACUGGCUGCAGUCUUCUCCAAUGCCUUCUACUAUCUUUUCAAUCUCUUCUCGGGCUUCUUCAUACCCGGGCCAAAAAUUCCUAUAUGGUGGAUUUGGUAUUAUUGGAUUUGUCCGAUGGCAUGGACAGUGUACGGGCUGAUCGUGUCUCAAUAUGGAGACGUUGAGGAGGAGAUGAGAGUGGAGGCGACGUCCCUCAAAACAAGCGUUAGGAGUUAUGUUGAAGAGCAUUUUGGAUACAAGCUAAACUUCAUGGGAGAAGUUGGUGUAAUGUUGGUAGGUUUCACAGUCUUCUUUGCCUUCAUGUAUGCUUACUGUCUCAAAACACUCAAUUUCCAGAAGCGCUGAAGCAAGAAAAUAGAAAAAACUAUCUCAUUACUCACCAUUUGCACCUAUGUUUCCAAGAAAUGGUAUUUUUUUUUAUUAUUUGCA